AUGGAUGUUAUCCAUCUCGCAGAAGAGAGCGAAGUCGUGCAGAAAGUACUCGAGGUUUGCUAUCCUAUUAAGGACCCCAAACUGCCGUCGCUGGAAAUUGCGGGCGCGGUACUCGAGGCCGCUCUGAAAUACGACAUAGACAAGGUGAUAUCCUGCAUACCGCUGGGACUCCACGCCUUUAUCCCAACCGAACCUCUCCGAGUAUAUGCUCUGGCAUGCCGCAUCGAUGCCGAAGCGCUUGCCCGAUGUGCCGCAAAAGAUGUCGCCAUACAGGAACUCACUUCUCUGCAUUACGUCCCAGAGUUGAAAAAUAUACCUGGCGUUUGCUACUACAGGCUCGUGCAGUAUCGGGCGCGAGGUAUCGAACAGGAGACGUUCUGUCGCCCUAGCAUUCCAUCUCCUAUUCCUUCUACGGAAGAUGACGAUGACGUUUCUGCUUUGAGAACCCCCCCACCACGCGCUGCCGCCGCCACACCCCAUUCUCCUGCUUUCAUCACCUCCCCAACGCUGGACGAAGUCGCCUGCACAAUCGAUUCUCUACCACCGUUCGAUACAGCCGACGCUGACGUCGAACUCGUCACCUCGGACGGCAUGCAUCUCCGUGUAUACCGUUCCAUCAUCUCACUUAUCUCUCACGCGUUGAAGGACCUCCUCGACGUCUCCGAGGCAAGUGCCAGCGUAGACGAGACCGGAUCUCUAGGUGUUGAACCACGCAAAUCGAUGUUAGUCGUGCCUAUCGUUGAGACUAGUACUAUCAUGCAACCUCUCCUACGCCUCUGCUACCCCAUUGGUAUUCCACAGCAGGAUGACGUGGAGCUUCUGAUAUCUCUGCUUCCAAGCGCGGAAAAGUACAAAAUGGAGAGAGCCAUUUGGACCAUUCAGAGCCGAUGGGCAGACUUUGCUGUGGUGCAGCCUUUGCGUGCAUUUCUCUUGGCUGCUGCUAGACAAUGGAUGCAGCCAGCCAUGGAUGCCAUAAAACAGCUUCUCAAACACACAAUUGAGGAGCUCCAAUCUAUAUACGUCGCUGAUCUCGAAACGGUACCUGCAAAUUACUAUCGCCUUGUCUUUCAGUAUCAUAAUAGAUGUAGCGACGCAAUUACAUCUGUCUGCAAGAGUUCUCUCUCCUGGCUUUCCAGAGACGUACGAGUUACCGGCUGCAAAGGUUGCAGAGGUCCAUCCGGGCUUUGGGAGGAACCAAGAUGGUUAUCCGACUAUGUUGCGAAAGCCGUGGAUAUGCUCGUCGAACGGCCCUCCUCGCAUACAAUCACUGAGGGACAAGGGUUUCAGACACUGAUCGAACUCGCGACCGGGAAGAACCAUCGCGCAUCCGUGGAGAAGCCCCAGACCUCAUUCAUACCCAAGGCCGCUCCUCUUCCCAUGUUGUUCAACAGGAGCGACGCCGAUGUGAUACUGCGAGCAGUCGACCAAGUAGACUUCCGCACUCACCGCAUCAUACUUUCUAUGGCUUCUCCUUUUUUCGCGGAUAUGUUUGCUCUCCCGCAAACGAAGGAAUGCGCCUCGGAUGUCAUCGAUGUCAUCGAUCUUGCAGAAGGAAGCGAAAUCGUACAGAUAUUACUCGAGAUCUGCUACCCUACUCAGGAUCCCGAACUCUCGUCGAUGGAUAUCGCACGUGCGGUGCUUGAGGCUGCUCUGAAAUACGACAUGUAUAAGGUGAUAUCCUUCAUGUCGAUGGCACUCUAUACCUUCAUUCCAACCGAACCGCUCCGAGUCUACUCAAUAGCAUGUCGCAUCGAUGCCGAACGGCUUGCCCGAUGGGCCGCGAAUUCAGUCACCGCGCAGGAUAUCACUUCUCAGAAAUACGUCGAUGAGUUCAAAGACAUACCUGCUGGUUGCUACUACCGGCUGGUGCAAUAUCGGAUGAAAGGUAUCAAACAGCACACGUACUGCUGUCCUAGCCCUCCAACUUCUUCUGUCACGGAAGGAAGCCUCACAGCUUCGAGAACCUCGCCGGCUCCAGCUGGUGCUGCGUGCGCCGUCGACCCUUCACCGCCUUUCGAUGCAGCUGACGCAGACAUUGAACUCGUUACAUCGGACGGAAUGCGCCUCCGUGUAUACCGCAGCAUCAUCUCCCUUAUCUCCCCUGUGUUGAAGGAUUUGCUCGACAUCUCUGAGUCUGGCGCCAACGUAGGCUGUUCGCCCGAGAUCGCGUCUCUGACCUCAGACGACCAUCCACGCAAUCCUACGUUGGUCUUAUCUAUCCCUGAAAACAGUACAAUCAUGGAACCCCUCUUACGCCUCUGCUACCCCAUCGGUAUCCCACAGCGGGAUGACGCGGAGCUUCUGGUGUCUCUCCUUGAAGGCGCGGAGAAGUACAAAAUGGAGAGAGCCGUUUGGACUAUCCAAAGCCGGUGGGCAGACUUUGCUGUGACGCAACCUCUGCGUGCAUUUCUCUUGAGUGCCGCGAGACGAUGGGUGGAACAAGCCAAGCUUGCCGCUAGGCAUCUUCUCAGAAACACAAUUGAGGAGCUCCAAUCCAUAUACAUCGCUGAUUUGGAGACGACGUCUGCAGAAUACUAUCAUCGUCUCUUUCAGUAUCACAGGCGAUGCAGCGAUGCAGUGAGAGCCGUCGGUAACGCUUCUGAUGCCUGGCUUUCCGAAGACAUACGACGUAUCGGCUGCCCGGGAUCUAGUUGUUGCAAUUCAUAUUCGAAAUACGAACCAAGAUGGUUGUCUGGCUAUAUUUUUCGUGCUGCGACUCUUCUCAUCGAACGCCCCUCCUCGUACACUGUUACCGAGGGACAAGGCUUUCGAGAGAUGUUUAGGCUCGCGGCGGAUGAGUGCUCGCGGUGUAUGACACGUAUUGACGUACUUCAAGCGAUGAGUCAAGCCCUCGGUAAAGCUGUAGAUGAGCGACUUGAACAGGUGAACCUGCCAUUAUUCAAGAUAUCUACCCUCCACGCUCAGACGUGGUUGUCAAUCAUUGAUUUCGUCUACAUUGACUCGGUCGCGACUCGACGAACUUCAUCACAUCUCCUUUGGUCGAUAAUGGCAAUACGGAAAAAUAAAAACCGUGCAUCCGAGGCGCAACCCCAGACUCCAUCGGUACCAGUACCUAAGCCAUCCCCUGUUCCCAUCUUCAAUAGGAGCGAUGCCGACGUGAUACUUCGAUCAGCAGACCAGGUCGAUUUCCGUGCUCAUCGCAACAUACUUUCCAUGGCGUCUCCUUUUUUCGCCGAUCUGUUCACCCUCCCCCAGUCCCAGGCGACGACAGACACAUCAACCGCCCUGAAUGUCAUCGAUCUUGCAGAAAACAGCGAGACUAUACAGACAGUGCUGGAAAUUUGUUAUCCAGCUGAGAGUCCCAAAAUCUCGUCGAUGGACAUCUCAAGUGCCGUAAUAGAAGCUGCACUGAAAUACGACAUCGCCAAAGUCGUAUCCUUCAUGACUACAAUACUCAACAGCUUCAUCGCGACUGACCCUCUUCGCGUAUAUGCUAUAGCAUGCCGCAUUGGAGCCGAGGACCUCGCUGGGCAAGCCGCUAGAGAAGUGUCCCUGCAGGAUGUAUCUUCUCUGCGCUACAUCGACGAGUUUAAGGGCAUGUCUGCCGGAUGGUAUCAUAGGCUGAUUCAAGGCAGGUUAAUGGGUGUCUCACAAGGCUCAUACUGUCGGCCGGUAUCUUGCACUCCUGCUGCGCACGGGCCCCCAGUCGCUCCGGCCACAGUAUCGGGGCAGAACAGCUAUCCGCCACCCUUUGAUGCGGCUGAAGCAGAUGUUGAAAUUGUCACUUCGGAUAGAGCGCACUACCGCGUGCAAAGCAGCGUCAUUUCACUCAUGUCCCCCGUCCUGCACGACAUGGUUGGGACGACGUCCAGCACUGCCGGUGGGUAUAAUGGGGAGCCUCGGGAGCAAACGAAGUUGGCAAUCAUGGAAGAUAGUUCAGAUUUCGAGCCCCUUCUGCGCCUCUGCUAUCCCGCCGGCAUUCCUGAAUGGGACCGCAUCGAGCUCCUGGUGUCGCUACUUCCCGUCGCGGAGAAGUACAGAAUGGAGAGAGCCAUUUGGAUUAUUCAGUGGCGCUGGCCAGAGUUUGCUGCGUCCCAACCUCUGCGGGCAUAUCUUUUGGCCUCUGCGAGACGAUGGUGGAAACCUGCGAAACAUGCUGCGAGGAACCUCUUCCGACACACCAUUGAGUAA